AUGCUGCCCCUGUGGCUGCACCAGGCGGCGGAGGAACGGAGGCUGCGCGCCUCGGACGCCGAGUUUGAGCGGGUGGUUGGCAUGGGGAUGGGGCCCCUUGAUACUGGCACAGAAGACCAGGAGUUCCUGUGGAGUGCAGCCGAGUGGCGACGGUGGGAGGCAGUGGGCUCCGACCCCUGGCGGGAGCACAAACGGCAGAGCUGGGCUGAGGAACUUUUGGAGGCGCAGCAACGGCGGCGAUUGGAGCGGGAGCAACUCAGAGCAAAGCUAUCCGCAGAUCAAGCGCGGCAGGAGAAGGAGGAGCGGCGAGAGGAGCGGCGACAGCAGCGCUGGGGCCCUACCAGCCACCAUCACUUUUACCAACGGUGA